AUGGCGAACUCGGGAGUACAAUUGUUGGGAUUUUUCCUGUCUCUGAUGGGUAUCAUCGGACUCAUCAUUGGUACUAUCCUCCCACAGUGGAAGAUGUCUGCAUAUGUAGGAGACAGCAUCAUAACCGCUGUUGCGACAUAUCAAGGUCUCUGGAUGUCCUGCGCUUUCCAAAGUACCGGACAGCUCCAAUGCAAAAUCUACGACUCUAUUCUACAGCUUGACAGUGAACUCCAGACCACUCGUGCCUUGAUGAUUGUGGGCAUCAUCGUGUCGAUCUCUGGACUGGGCGUGGCCUGCAUGGGGAUGAAAUGCACCACCUGCGGGGCUGACGAUAAAGCCCGCAAGUCUCGCAUCGCCAUGACCGGCGGAAUCAUACUACUGGUGGGAGCUUUGUGUGCGAUCGUUGCGUGUUCGUGGUUUGCCCACAACGUGAUCCGGGCUUUCUACAACCCCUUCACCCCGGUCAAUACAAAGUUUGAGUUUGGGUCGGCCAUCUUCAUUGCAUGGGGCGGCUCCUUUCUUGAUCUCCUUGGGGGAGCCAUGUUGGCUGCUUCCUGUCCGCGCCGCAAGCAGGUGUCCAAAUACCCCCCCAAGAACUCCUCACGGGCUCCUAGCAGCACCAAGGAGUAUGUGUGA